AUGGCGGCUACAAAUGCGGACCCAAAUACUACACCGGCGAUGCUAGCGCCCCUUGGCCAGCACUCGGACCUCAGACAUACUCAUUCUCAGACAUGGCCUCCUAUUCUUUGUAUGACGCUUGCGAUUGUUGUGUCGGCGCCCAUUUUAGCCAUUCGCAUGUACACUCGACACCGCAUACACCGAAAAUUGUGGUGGGACGAUUGGACCUGCUUACUCGCAUGGAUAUUUCUGAUUCCAUACACUGGCAUGCUCCUGCAGUCAAUCAACUACGGAGGCUGCAAAGAUCUUUGGAAUGUCUCCAAAGCAGACUACAAAAAGUUCACGAAGCUCUUCCACAAUCUAGAGAUUAUUGCCCGGGUAGGCAUGUUCUUCACCAAGGCAGCAAUCCUCCUUCUCUUCCAUCGCCUCUUUGUCGUCGAAGGAUCGCGCCGAACCAAAGUUUGGUGGGCGAUUUGGUUCGUCUUCUGGUGGAACCUGCUCUACGCCAUCGCACUUGUGCUUUCAGUCGCGUUUCAAUGCACAGGGAAAAGGGCAGUUGUUGAAGCAGGCAAAGAAUGUGUGAAUGGAUUUGCUGUCUUGAUCUGCGCCAGUGUCAUCAAUGUGACCACGGACCUCAUGAUAUUGAUCAUUCCAGUCGUUGCGAUCUGGGGACUACGCAUGCCUUCGGAAAAGAAGUGGAGACUUUCCGCCGUGUUCGCGAUCGGAUUCCUCGGUGUGCUUGCCAGCGUCGCCCGGCUGGCCUAUCAAGCUGUCUUCGCCAGACGGCCAAAUAAGACCAUUAUCAUUAUUAUCGUCCUUCUGGUUAACGCUGCCGAGCAAUUCAUUGGAAUCAUCGUGUCCUGUCUGCCUAUCCUUCCAACCUUCUACAGACAUCUUCGUAGCAAGGCCGCUGAGAGUAAUUCCUCCAAGUCAACCAAUCCAGUCAAGGGCUUAUCAGCAUCCAUUAUUGGACGUCGCACCGGAGGCUCAAAGGGUAAGGCGAAAGAUCCGUAUCAGAUAUAUAGUACGAGAGGUUACGAAGAGAUAGAGGCGGCAGAACUGGAAAAGCGAGGCGAUGGACAUGGCAAUUUGGGAGGAAUCAUGAAAGACAUGGAGAUGAGCGUGAUCAGUGAAAGACUGUCACCUGAUACACCAGGAGUUGCGUUGUAA